UGGCCCUCGUAGGUACUGGCAGGUGGCUUGGUGCUCCUCUCAGCUGCCCACCAUGGCCCGGGGACUGCCCAGCACUGCCAGCCUGGGGCGCUUCUGCCAGAAGCUGAACUGGCAGAAGACACUGAAGGAGUCCACCAGGGAGACGUCACUGCAGCGCCACCUGACCACGCUGGACCUGACCCUGCUAGGUGUGGGUGCCAUGACGGGCUUUGGCCUCUACGUGUUCAUGGGCAUUGUGGCCAAGGCGAUGGCCGGCCCUGCAGUGCUCGUGUCCCUCAGCGUGGCUGCUGUUGCCUCCCUGCUGGCAGCCCUAUGCUACGCAGAGUUCAGAGGACUUGUGCCCACCACAGGCUCUGCCUACCUGUUCACUUAUGUGUCCAUGGGCGAGCUGUGGGCCUUCCUCAUUGGCUGGAACAUGCUCCUCCGGUGCCUCAUUAUUGGCACCACUGUGGCCCGCACCUGGAGCGGCUACCUGAAUGCCAUCUUCAGCCACCACAUCCGCAGCUUCAUUGAGGCCCAUGUGGGCAUCUGGCAGGUGCCCUUCCUGGCCCAAUACCCAGAUUUCUUGGCUGCUGGCAUCAUACUUUUAGUCUCUACAUUCGUCUUUUGUGGAGUCCGUGUCUUUUCCUGGCUCAACCGCACCGUAUGUGCCAUCAGCUUGGUCGUCAUCCUCUUCACCAUCAUCCUGGGUUGUGUCCUGGUCCGCCCACACAACUGGAGCACAGAGGAGGGGGGCUUUGCUCCCUUUGGCUUCUCUGGCAUCAUGGCUGGUGCUGCCACCUUCUUCAAAGCCUUCGUGGGCUUUGGUGCUAUUUCUGCCUCCAGUGAGGAGGCCCAGAACCCAAAGCGAGCUGUGCCUAUGGCCCUCGUCAUCUCUCUUGGCCUGGUAGCUGGUGGUAACAUCCUCGUCUCCACUGUGCUCACCCUCAUGGUGCCCUGGCACAGCUUGGACCCUGACUGGGCUCUUGCUGAUGCCUUCUACCAGCGGGGUUAUAGCUGGGUGGGCUUCAUUGUGGCAGCUGGCGCAAUCUGCGCCAUGACCACUCUCCUGCUCAGCAGCCUCACUUCUCUGCCACACAUCGUCUCUGACAUGGCCGCUGAUGGGCUCUUCUUCCAGGUGUUUGCCCACGUGCACUCCCGGACACAGGUGCCCAUGGUGGGCAUCCUGGUGUUCGGGGUCAUCAUCGCUUUCCUGGCAUUGCUGCUGGACCAUGAGGCACUGGUCCAGUUCCACUCCAUCAGCUCGAUGCUGGUCUACACCUUCACGGCCACGAGCAUUAUCAUGCCAUGCUUCCAAAAGGCCCCUCCAUCCAGUGCCCCGGGCCCAGCCAGCCCUGGGCGCACAGAGCAGGCCUCAGCCCCUGAGCCCAGGCAGCUGCGACCAGCCCUGAGGCCCUACCUCAGCUUCCUGGGUGGGUGUAGGCCUGGAGCUGCCGUGGCUUGGGCACUCGGUGUCCUGGUGGCCUCGGCCAUCACUCUGGACUGCGUGCUGGUCUUCGGGGACUCAGCCCUGCACCUCCCGCUCUGGGGCUACACCCUGCUGCUCCUGCUCAGCUCCGUCAUGUUUCUGCUCAGUCCCCUCACCCUAGGGGCCCACCAGCAACAGCGCCGGCAGGACACCUUCCAGGUUCCUAUGGUGCCCCUGACUCCAGCCCUGAGCAUCCUCCUCAACAUCUUCCUCAUGCUGCAUCUGAGCUCCCUUACCUGGCUGUGCUUCUCCAUCUGGCUGCUGAUCGGACUCGUCGUGUAUUUUGGCUACGGCAUCCGGCACAGAAAGGAGAACCAGCGGGAGCAGCCGGAAUUCACUGCCACACGUGACAGCCUGGAGGAGACAGUGCAGCCCCUGCAGCUGCCCAGCCAGUCAGUGGCCCAGGAGCCCACCCUCAUGGAUCAGCCCGCCAGUCCAUGAGGACUGAUGGGGCCUACCUGCCUUCCCCACCUGCUUGGGAGGCAGGAGGGGCUGACAGCCCCUUCUAUCCGAGGCAGCUCAGGUUUACAGACCUGCCCAUGCUGGGGCGUCCUCAGGACCUCAGGACCUUAGCCCUGGUGCUGAGCAUCGAGUCUUUGGGAGUAGGCCGUAGCCAGUGCUGGUGUGGUGGACUCUGCCCAGCACCUUCCAGUUUAUGACCAACUCCAGCUACCUGGGCAGGUGGAGUAGGGCGGGCAGGGAAGAGGCUCCCAGCCCCAGGGAUCCACAAUAAUAACUGCUUGGCCAGCCAUG